UCUGGGUCAGCUGACUGUUGGGCUCAACUAGCUUCUGUAGCGUCUCAGCAGAAGGAAAUCUUCAGGAGAGUCAAAUAGUCCCUCCGUCUCAGGAAAACCUUCCAGGCGCUGAAAGACCGGACGGCCACGCUCGACUAGCGGCCGCGUUGUCCCGCCUUCCGCAGGGAUGAGUGUUGGUGCUCCGAGAGGCCUGGCCAGCUCGGGGCAGAAGCUCAUCACUGAGAUGCUCCACCCGCUGUCCGCCGCCGAGGAGCAGCUGUCCCCGUGGCCAGAUGUCACUAUCAGCGUCGGGGUGGAGAAGCAAGAGCCGGGUUUGACCAACGGCACGCCGGUAGAGAUGUCAAACCCCGCCUCCACGUUGCAGCUGAUCGACAGGCUGCAGCUGGAUGACGAGUUGGAAGCAGACACUCAGGACCCAUCAGAAACCCACGACCUUUUCGUCACCGUUGACGACCCAAAGAAACACGUCCUCACCAUGGAGACCUACAUCACUUACAGAGUCUCCACCAAGACAACACGGAUAGAGUUUGACCUGCCAGAGUACUGUGUCCGACGGCGCUACCAGGACUUUGACUGGCUGAGGACAAAGCUGGAAGACAGCCAGCCAACCCACCUCAUCCCUCCGCUUCCUGAGAAAUUUGUGAUGAAGGGCGUGGUGGAUCGGUUCUCAGAGGAGUUUGUGGAGACGAGGAUGAAAGCUCUGGAUAAAUUCUUAAAGCGAGUUGCUGACCACCCCGUCCUAUCCUUCAACCCACAUCUCAAUGCUUUCCUGACUGCAAAGGACCUCAACAAGCGGCAGGGCUUAGCCCUGCUGACUAAAGUGGGAGAAUCUGUGAAGCACGUAACCGGAGGCUACAAGCUGCGGGCACGGCCAUCGGAGUUCUGUGCCAUGGGAGAGUACUUGGACACGUUCAGCCAAAAACUGGGAACCCUGGAUCGCAUUGCUCAGAGAAUACUCAAAGAACAGUCAGAGUAUCUAACGGAGCUCCGGGAGUACAGUUCUGUUUACUCUAGCUGGGCUGGCUCCGAGGAGCAGCUGCAGCGCCCCUUGGAGGGUGUCGCUGGCUGUGUGACGACGUGCUGCGGGGCCAUGGAGGACCUGAGUGAUAGCACGAGCCAGGACUUCCUGCCUGUUCUUAGAGAAUAUGUUCUCUAUAUUGAAUCCAUGAAGAACGUUUUGAGGAAGCGAGACCAGAGCCAAGCCGAGUAUGAGGGCCGCCUCGAAGCAGCUGUAUUACGCAAACAAGAAGACCGAACACCCAUUCCAGUAGAAGUAGAAAAAUGCCAGGACAAAGUGGAGUGUUUCAACGCUGAUCUGAAAGCAGACUGGGAGCGCUGGCAGAGGAACAAGAGACAAGACUUCAAACAGCUUCUCACCGGCAUGGCUGACAAAAAUAUCAACUAUUAUGAAAAGUGCCAGGCAGCGUGGGAAUCUCUCUUAACUGUCCUCCAGGACAAACAGACUGAGGACAAAACCAGUGAGAUGAACUGAAACAUGUCCUUUCAACUUAACCCAUUAUCGACACACAUUCAUGCCAAGGAACGGAGACCAACAAGACGGCAGCUUUUGAACAGCCGAACUUUGCUGCUGUGAGUCUCUCACGCCGAUCUGAGCUGCGACGACGGGUAAAGCUUCUGUACAGGUCUUCUAAUUUCUAUGAACUUUUUUCUACUUUACAUUUCCAGUUCACAGUUUUUUGCCUGUGUUCAUUUAACCACCGUUUGGAGGGAGGCACUUUUUGUCUGCUCUGUUUUCACACUGAGCCAAAUGGGAAGGAUGUAGAAGUUUUUGAAGUUUAGAUUUUUUUAAAGCCACUCUAAUUAAAGAGAAAUCAUUUGUUCCCCUCCUAAUUUCUUCAUCUGAUUUUUUUCUUUUUGCAACCUAAAAGAAAAAAGACCAACUCAUACAUUUUUUAUGAAUUUCUCCAUAAAAUCCUUUUUUUAGCCAUUCCUGAUAAAUGGCAGUCAAAAAAUUGUUCAACUUUUACAAAGAAAAUAAAACUUUUCAGAGACGUAAAACAUUGUGAAUUGCAUUGUGAGUGAGAGAGCUGACCUCUGAGGAAGAAGAGGCCUAGGAAGUAUAGAAGGGGUUUGGUGCGAAUACUGAGCAAUAGCACCACCUUGUGGCAAAUGUAUAAUAAGUUUCCCCCACUUCUAAACACUUUAUCCCUUUUAUUCGUCUCUAGAGAUUUCACCCCAUUCAUAAACAAAAACUAUACAAUUUAUAAAUUCUGUGUAUUUAUGACCUAAACACAUUUAAAAAAGGUUUUGCUUUGCUUAAAUCUUACAUGACAUUUCUUGAAAAAACCACCUAGCUUACAAAAAAACAGGUUGAAGGCGAAUUUGAACAAAACUCAUUAGUCCAGAGCAACGGUUUGCUCCAAAAACCACAUUUCCUAAAAUGAGAUCUUGAUUAAAAGUUGUUUUCAUAGGUUUGCUCAUCAUUAGGGCCAGGACUAAAAUGGGGAAACUUCCAAAUACCCAUUUUUCUUCUUUCUUUGCUAUUUUGAUUUUGUUUUACGUGGGGAAAAUGCAUUUUCUGCACCUUCAUCCAGUAUACUGUUAUCAUAUGAGGAAGAUUGUUCACCUCCUGAUUACCUCGCAUCAUCACCAGGAUUUGAUGGAAUGAAGCAGCAAAACCGGACCAAUGAUUUCUAACCAGGCUGAGUUCUGUGACAAUAAUCUAGCAUCACAUUCACCUUUCUUUGUUCAUUUUUGCACAAAUUGUGUUAAAGGGUUCAUAUUUAUUGGUCUGAGAGAGUUUUGUCAUAUCAAAAUGAUACAGAAUAAAAAGCACUAUUUAGAUUUGUGUAUUUAUGUUGAUUUAAAAAUCAAUGUGUUACUUUAAGGAUGUGACAUUACAUCGGCCUCACUUUUGUGCAACCAAACGUUAGGAGACACGUUUCUGCUUCUGAGAGCUUUAAAUGUUGAAGCAUCUGCUGUUUGGUCUCACUGCCAGUGGUUGAGUGGUAGAUUUUCAUCAUAGUGAAACCAGAUGAUUAGAACUUCAGGCAGCUACAACAGAGGUUCUGCAGAUGCACUGAUUGGAUUAUGAUACAUUUAUACCCACAGAUUCUGAUUUGCUUGUAGAGCUACGUUUUGGCGUUAAUGAAGCCGAGUAUCUUUCCUGUAAAACAAAAAUAAUGUUUAACUCUAGUUUGCUCUGUCAUCCUGAAUCCUAGCCAUUGCGAUGUGUGCCUGCUGAUGGGUUUUGCACUAAACAAGUAGCUCAGUUGUCUGAAGAACAGAAAGUGGAUUUUUUUUUGCUCAGAAACGACAAACUGUGUGGUGUCAGGAUUAUCUGAUUUGUAUGUAUAUAGUUUUUAUUGCAUUUCGAACACUAAGAAAUAACAAGGCAUCAUCAGUAAAGCUGAUUCAGGGAUGUCUGCACAGCCUUUAAGCUGGGGAGAGUAUUAUAUAAUUUUUUUUCAUGUACAGAUGUUUGUAAGCCACAUUUUCCUCCCGUCCUCACAUGGAAUCAAAUCUGGUUUUUAGCACAGGACCCUUUAUGGAAGGUCGACCCGUUAUGAACGUGUGAAUCUUUAGUUCUCCUGUUUCUUCUCGGUGUGAACGCUAAGGGAGGUACCCUUAUUGUACAUUUGAAUGUUAAUAAACAGUUGUAAUUAUAAAUAAGCUUAUAUACUGAUGUUUUGAUGCAAUCUAUGUUGACCGCCUCUAUUGUUUUUCGUAUAUACCGGACCAAUAAUAAAGAAAGUAAAUGACUUUG